AUGGGUAAUACGGAUACAAAGCUUAAUUUUCGAAAAGCCGUAGUUCAACUUACUUCUAAAACACAGCCAAUUGACGCUUCGGAUGAUAAUUUUUGGAAUCAGUUUUGGGCGGAAAAUAAUACUUCAGUACAAGAUAUAUUCACUCUUGUUCCGGCUGCCGAAAUACGGGCUGUUAGAGAAGAAGCCCCAGCAAAUUUAGCGACAUUAUGUUAUAAAGCAGUUGAAAAAUUAGUGAAAGCAGUAGAUAGUAGUUGCAGGACACAGCAUGAGCAGCAAACAGUUUUAAAUUGUGUUAGGCUGCUUACAAGAAUAUUGCCUUAUAUUUUUGAAGAUCCUGAUUGGAGAGGUUUUUUUUGGUCAAGUUUACCCACAGGAAGUUCUCAAGAUGAUGAAGAAUCAGCACCUUUGGCGCAAUCAUUAAUCAAUGCUGUCUGUGAUUUACUUUUUUGUCCAGAUUUUACAGUUAUAGGAAAUAGAAAAUCAGGUCCUGAUAAAGCUGAAGAUUUAUCUGCAAUAGAUAGUUGUGAAUAUAUUUGGGAAGCAGGAGUUGGCUUUGCUCAUUCACCUCCAAGGCUUCCUCAAUAUGAUCUUGCUAGAACGGAACUCCUCAAAUUGUUAUUGACUUGUUUUAGUGAAACAAUUUAUCAGCCUCCUGUUGAAUUAAAAAUUUCUCCCAACAAAUGGAUUCAAUAUGUGACGUCAGCUGAAAACAGACACGCGUUACCAAUGUUUACAUCAUUAUUAAAUACUGUAUGUGCUUAUGACCCAGUUGGAUUGGGGGUUCCAUACAAUCAUUUAUUGUUUUCCGACACAGCUGAGCCUUUAGUCGAUACAGCCUUGCAAAUUUUAAUUGUCACACUUGAUCAUGAUACGUCACUAGGAGACGAAAAUGUAUCAUCUGACAAUUUAUUUAUUAAUUAUUUAUCCCGAAUUCACAGAGAUGAAGAUUUUCAAUUUGUCUUAGGAGGAUUUACGAGACUUUUGAACAAUCCUCUUGUUCAAACAUAUUUACCUAAUUCUACUAAAAAAGUUCAAUUUCAUCAAGAGCUUUUGGUUUUUUUUUGGAAAUUAUGCGACUAUAAUAAAAAAUUUUUAUAUUACGUUUUAAAAAGCAGUGACGUUUUGGAAAUUUUAGUUCCAAUUCUUUACCAUUUAAAUGACUCCAGGGCUGAUCAAUCUCGUGUGGGACUUAUGCAUAUAGGUGUAUUUAUACUUCUUUUAUUGAGCGGAGAACGAAAUUUUGGAGUUCGAUUAAACAAACCUUAUACAGCAACGGUACCAAUGGACAUUCCAGUUUUUACCGGAACUCAUGCUGAUUUACUAAUUGUUGUGUUUCAUAAAGUUAUAACAACUGGACAUCAAAGAUUGCAACCACUUUUCGACUGUCUUUUAACAAUUCUUGUGAACGUAUCGCCCUAUUUAAAAACAUUAUCAAUGGUCUCGAGUACAAAACUUCUUCAUUUGUUAGAAGCCUUCAGUACGCCUUGGUUUCUUUUAUCCGCGCCAUCAAAUCAUCAUUUAAUAUUUUUCCUAUUAGAAAUAUUUAAUAAUAUUAUACAGUAUCAAUUUGAUGGUAAUUCUAAUUUAGUUUAUACCAUAAUUAGAAAAAGACAAGUUUUUCAUUCGUUGGCUAAUUUACCGACAGAUUACGGAUCGAUAACAAAAUCAUUAAAUAAAAAGUCCAGGAGGAGUUUGCAGAGUACCAAUUUAAGUGAUAAUUCUUCGCCGGAAUCUCCCAGCAUGGAAGGUUCUAAACCGGCUCUCCCUGCAGAGCCAGGAACUUUAAAAGCAUCGUUGUUAGAUACGCCAGGGAUAGAAAAAAUGACGGAGCAAGAAUCUGCUCAUCCCGUCAAUUCGGUAUCGCAACAAUCCCAAAUAAUAACGAAUCACACAAUCGAAAAUAUUCCCAACAAAAGCGACACGGAUGAUGAUAUAUUUUCUAACGAAAAGGAAAAUUCAUCGGAAAUGACUAAAUCCAAGAGCCUGAAGGGAGGUUUAAGAGUUAGCGACGAGGCCGAGCCCCAAAAUUCAGUUGUUUGGUCACCGACAGCGGAAUGGGUUCAGUCGUGGAAAUCCAAACUUCCUCUUCAAACAAUUAUGAGACUUUUACAAGUUUUAGUUCCUCAAGUAGAAAAAAUAUGCAUAGACAAAGGGUUGACGGAUGAAAGUGAAAUAUUGAAAUUUCUACAGCACGGAACAUUAGUCGGUCUGUUACCUGUUCCUCAUCCAAUUCUAAUUAGAAAAUAUCAAGCAAACGGAGGAACGACAGCGUGGUUUAGAACGUACAUGUGGGGCGUAGUUUAUUUAAGAAACGUUGAUCCUCCCAUAUGGUACGAUACGGAUGUUAAAUUGUUUGAAAUUCAACGCGUUUAA